AACGGAUGGGGCUUUUUUUUUUGUUAUACACACAGGCCCCUAAAGCAAUCCUGGGCUGGAGGUGUAUGAAAUACAGCCACAGGUGGUACGAACGCGGGCACUUGUAGCGCACCCGCCAGUGCUGCUCGUGCUGCUGCUGUCGAUACACCCACCGCAACGCUAGUGUCCCGAAAUCGUUUUGUUUUUUUUUUCAGUUUUUGUUUUGUUUUUGUUUUUGGUUUCUUCUCAGUGCGCUGUUUGACGGAUGUUCUGUUUCUUUGGUGAGGAUUACGCUGAAAACAAACUUGUUUUUGUAAGGUCAGUGGCUACGGCCGUCAGUGGGAAUGUUCAGCCCAAAGAUGCAACGUCCCGUUCGUGUCAACGAGGUGCAAUUACACACGCUGGCGGAACGGGCCCGCUACGACGCGACCAUAGCCGGCGCCCUCUACAAACGGACGUCAGACGGCUCAAAGUGGCAGCUCAGGUGGUUCACCCUCUAUCAGAAUGUCCUCUUUUACUGGGAAACCGAAUCUUCUAGUCGGCCAUCUGGUGUCAUCUUUUUGGAGGGAAGCUACUGUGAUCGAGUCAUUUCUGUUUCGUCUGCUGGUCACCAACAGGUCAAUCAGCAUCAUCAGUCAUCUAAUCAAAGUGGAGGUGGCAAGACAGGAAGUGGAGGAAAAUACCAACAUACGACCAGUAGCACAGGUGGUGGUGGUAAUGUGGGUGGCAGCAGCAUCGAAAAACAGUACUGUUUCGCCAUCACGUUCCGGAGGGAUAACCAACGUUCGUACGAGCUCCGUGCAGAAUCCGAAAGCGAUUGUAAGGCAUGGAUCCAGGCCGUCAAGCAGGCCAGUUUCAACAAGCUCCUGGCGCAAAAGGAGGAGCUGGAGCAGAAACAUCUCCACCUGUUGCAGAUUGUCGAGAGCGAGAAGACGGCCAAGUGGCAGUACACGCGGCAGUGCGAAGAAUUAACUGACGAGAUCAAGCAACUACGAACAGAGCAGUUGUGCACGCUCAAAAAGGAGUGGCGGUUAACACCGAGUGCUACCGGAGGCAGCGGAGGUAUCGGGGGAGCUACGGGUGGCAUCGGCUCCUCUGGAGGCAUCGGCCUUGGAUUGGGGAGCAGUCGGCAGGGAGCCGAGGGGAGCGCCCACGGCGGAGUGGGAUCUACUGGCAACGUCGAACUCGAUGACUUGAAGAAGAUCCGCAAAGUCCAGGGAUUCUUCCGCGGCUGGCUUUGCCGUCACCGAUGGAAAGUUAUCGUCGAAGAGUACAUCAAAUCCCCGCACGCCGAGAGCAUGCGCAAAAGGAACAGUUUGGUUUUCCGGAUGCUGGAAGACGAGGAAGAGAACGUUCAGCAAUUAGAGAUCUUAGUGGCUCGAUUUUAUCGACCUUUCAAAAUGGCCGCCAGCUCUAAAAAGCCGCCCUGUUCGCACGAAGACGUCAGCUCCAUCUUUCUCAACUCGGAGACGAUCCUCUUUCUCCACCAGAUCUUCUACAAAGGCCUACAAGCUCGCAUGAACAACUGGCCCACGCUCGUCCUCGGUGAUUUAUUCGACGUUCUGCUGCCGAUGCUCAACAUCUACCAAGAGUACGUGAGGAAUCAUCAUUUCAGCUUGCAGAUCCUGACGGAAUGUAAACAGAACCCGCAGUUCUCCAGCGUCUUAUCGCGUCUCGAGGAGCAUUCGGCUUGCAAGGGCCGCUCUUUGGAGACGUUUCUAACGUAUCCGAUGCAUCAGAUCCCGCGUUACAUUAUCACUUUGCACGAGAUCUUGGCCCACACUCCGCACGAGCACGUCGAGCGCCGCAGCUUGGAGAACGCCCGCGUCCAGCUGGAGCAUCUCUCGCGUCAAAUGCACGACGAAGUCAGCGAGACGGAAAACAUCCGCAAAUGUUUAGCCAUCGAGCGGAUGAUUGUCGAAGGCUGCGACAUCUUGAUGGACGUCACUCAGGUCUUUGUCCGCCAGGGUAGUUUGUUGCACAUUGUCAAAGAGAAAGCACGCUCUCAAAAGGGUCGACUGAGUCUGUCCAGCCGGAGGGGAAGCGUUGGAACGGUGGGAGGUGAACGCGGAGAAGUUCGACAAUGUUUCCUUUUUUCCAACACGCUCAUUAUCGCCACCAGGACGUCAGAUGGCAAGUUGCAUCUUCUACCGGAAAUCGGCAAGAUUCCUUUUGUAGACGCAACUCUGAUCGAGGAUCCGACUGAAACCAACAGCUGCGAUGACGACGACGAGAGUCUUUGCUCGACUUCGAGCCAAACGUCGAGUGAGAUGAGCGAUAGUAGCGCCACGGCGGACAGGUCCAAACAGCAAUCGGGCAAUAAUUAUCACGGCCUGGAUUUCCAGUUGAUUGUGGAGAACAAAUCGGGCAACGGACCGGGCAAAGUGGUCCAUUUAGUAGCGCCAUCCAUGCAGGACAAGGCCGCUUGGAUUUCCGACAUCAGUCAGUGUAUCGACAACGUCCAUUUCAACGACUUUGUCCACAGUUCCAUCUCUGACGCUUCGUCGGUGACCCACCCGCACUCGGUGCGCAACGAUCCGCGUCUCUUCAACGACGACAUCGACAUUCGAUUCAGCCGCACCCUCAACUCGUGCAAAGUCCCGCAAAUUCGCUACGCCACUCCGGAGAGGCUGUUGGAACGUCUGACUGAUCUGCGCUUCCUCUCCAUUGAUUUCCUCAACACGUUCCUGCUGACGUAUCGCGUCUUCACCGAUGGUGUCACCGUCCUUGAUGCCCUCAAGAAGGUCUUUUACGCUACGUCGAACGCCGAACCGGCGCAGCACGACAACGCCCGUUGUUCCAUUAGUUCAAUUGAAUUCGGCGUGCCUUGCCACUUAGACCAGAGCGUCCUCUAUCCGACGUACAAGAGCGUUCUCGGAUCGCCCGCUAGGCGCAUCAGCGGCGGAAGCGCCGUCUUAGGAAGUCCAAAAGCAAGUCCCCGCAACAGCCCGUUUACUAGUCCUCGCGGGAGCAAUCAGUGGAGCAGCCGUCCGUCCGUUGGUGACGUAUCUGUCAGCCGUCGAGGGAGUCGCUUCGAUGGAGUCGAAAUUCGCGAAACACCUAAUGAAGAAGAAGCUGAAACGGAGAAAUCUUCUACUAAUACCGGCCCUACUCAAAGUGGUCCAGGCAUUAAAGAACGCUCUAAACAGCAGCACUUGACCAUUCCUAAAAAAGGCAUGGAAUUAUCGUCGAGUGCCGAAACUCUUUCAGAAAACAAUUGCAGUAGCUCCACGUCAACGCUUGUCGCCUUGAGUAGCAGUACGCAAACGUUAACAUCCUUUAGCGUAAGCGGAGCUAAUGAUGGCAACGUACCGUCGAUCGCUGCGACCAAUGUCGUGUCGGGCCACGGCUAUUUGCAGCCAGACCAACACGGAUCGAAACCCAGUCACGAAUAUCAACUGGAAAUUCCGACAACUGUCACGCCCCAUCCAGUGCCCUCAUUUUCCACAUCGUCUCACCAGGCCACCAUUUCCCGCAGAGAAUCAAUGAUAACCGGACCCUCGUUAGAUAUGGAAGUCAUGGAUGAUUUGCUCAUGUCUGAGCCUAGACCAGGCAACCAAUCGUCAGGUUACAGCGGCGUAGGAAGUGGACGUAGUGGUAGCUCUGCUGGACAGCACCCACCUCAUCCGUCGCAACAGCAGAGGGUGAGCAUCGGCAGCAGUUAUUACGGUGCUGGAAGUCGUUACGGUGAUGGAACAACGUCCACCGUCACUUCGUCCGCACGCCAAUCGACAUCGUAUUCGACCCAAUCCGACAAUAUCCGAGUUGGCGCUGGAGUCGUUGUCACAUCUCAUCGCCAAUCGCAGAGAAGGAGUAGUACUUCCUCAGCAGCGGCAGCAUUCGCUGUAGCUACGGCUGGAUCAAGCAAUCCGCGCGAUUAUUCCUUACCGGCAGGUACGGCGCGGACUGGCCCUGGAAGUGUCGGUGUGGGUGGAGGUUCAGUAGGCGCCGGAGGAACACGAUCUCAAACCUAUUGCAGUAUUAAUUUGCCCUCUACCGAUCCGCGUGGUAGUUUCGGUGGUCCCGUCCAACAGCAGCCUUCCGGAGGAGAAAGUGGAGGUGGUGGAUCUGGUGGCCUAGGGGCCACAGGAGGUCAGAUGGGUCGCGAUCGGAAGGAAAGCAUCAUGUCUUCAGCCGCCACGAUGCGUGUGCUAAGUGUCUUGCGCCACUGGAUCUCCAAGCACCGCGAUGAUUUCGAAUCGUCAACUUCUGGAGAUUUGCGUUUGAAGAAUUUGACGAUCGAAUUCUUGGAGGAUGUUUUGUCUUCACCGCAAUUAUUGCCCGCUGAGCACAAGGCCGCCUCGCAACUGUUGCAGCUGUUAACAAGAGACGAUCCGUCACACACCAAGAUUGAUCUUGGAAUUUUGUUAGCUCAACCUGUGAUUCCAAGUCGUGAAAACAUAGAGACCUUGUCAGCUCUAGAGAUUGCAGAACAAAUGACAGUUCUGGACCAUGCCAUUUUAGCUUCCAUCAAGAGCGAAGAGCUUUUGGGACAAGCAUGGAUGAAGCCGGACAAGCUUUUCAGAGCACCCCAUAUCAUUCUGAUCACCAAACGCUUCAAUGAGGUUUCGCGAUUAGUAGCCUCUGAAGUGAUCCGCCGGCCUAAUUUGGCGGCCCGCAUCGCUGUGAUUGAAAAGUGGACAGCCGUUGCAGACAUUUGCCGCUGCCUUCACAACUUUAAUGGCGUGCUUCAAAUUUGCUCCGCAUUCACCAAUAGCGGCGUCUUUCGGCUCAAGAAGACUUGGGAAAAACUUUCCAAAACGACGAGGCAAACUAUUGACAAACUACAAAGUAUCGUCUCGACAGACGGAAGGUUCCGGAACCUACGUGACGCUCUGCACCGGUGCGAUCCGCCGUGUAUUCCAUACCUUGGUAUGUACCUCACUGACUUGUCAUUCAUCGAGGAAGGUACACCCGAUUUCACCGAGGACGGCUUGCUCAAUUUCUCUAAAAUGAGAAUGGUGGCCCACGUCAUCCGUGAAAUAAGGCACUUCCAGUCAACAAGCUACAAGAUUGAGCACUCGGCUAAAGUCAACAGUUAUCUGCUGGAUGCCAAUAAUCUAGUUGAUGAUGAAGAGUUGUAUCAAAUGUCGUUAGAAAUCGAGCCGCGAACGUCCCGAUUGGGAUCGAUUAGCCAUCAAGUAGGUUCAUGCCUGUUGUCCACCUUAUCACCAGCGGCCGUUGUCAGCACCACCGGAGGCACCGGAAGCCCAACCCAGUGAUUUUUUAUAUUUCCUUAUCAUAAAUCGUGUUACUUAUUUAAA